AUGGUGACCGCAAAGAAGAUGAAAAAAUUUCUGGAGUUCAUCAACUCUAGGCUCCAACUUGUUAUGAAAAGUGGAAAAUAUGUGCUCGGGUACAAGCAGACCCUGAAGAUGAUCAGACAGGGCAAAGCGAAAUUGGGCAUUCUUGCCAACAACUGCCCAGCCUUGAAGAAAUCUGAAAUAGAGUACUAUGCUAUAUUUGCGAAAACUGGUGUCCACCACUAUAGUGACAAUAAUAUCAAACUGGGCACAGCAUGUGGAAAAUACUACAGACUUCCCCUCAUAAUGUGUUAUGCAGCUGAGGAAGACUGCAUUUUUACAAGGACAAACAGUGUGCACAAGGAUGGAGAUGUGGUGAUUGGGGCUUUUUUCUCCCUUUUUCUCUCUGUGUACUUCAGUGGCAUCACUGGUAUUAAACCUAGCAAGGACUUCGUUGUCAUGAGGAUUAUACACAAAAGCUACCAAAACAUGCUUGCCUUCAUUUUUACCAUUGAGGAGAUCAACAGGAAUACUCAUCUUUUACCCAACAUAUCUUUGGGCUAUGAGUCCCAUAAUUCCCUGAACAAUCAAGGAAAUAUAUUGGAAAAUGUCCUAAUAUUGCACACAGGACAGGAUGAGAUCCCAAACUACACCUGUGGGCAAGAGAGCAAAUCUAUAGCAUUACUGACAGGAACAUCAGUAGCAACAGCUGAUCAAAGUGGACCACUGCUGGAGCUCUACAAGUUUCCACAGCUGACCUUUGGCUCUUUUGAUCCAGUCCUGAGUGAGUAUGGCCAGUUCCCUUCCCUCUAUCAGGUGGCACCAAAGGACACCUCUCUGGCCCUUGGCAUGGUCUCCUUGAUGCGUCAUUUCAGCUGGAACUGGGUGGGACUUGUCAUCACAGAAGGUCCAAAAGGGCUCCAGUUUUUAUCAGAUAUGAGAUCAGAGAUGGAUAAAAAUAGGAUCUGUGUAGCAUUUUGGAAAAUAAUCAGUAGUUCUUCUCAUUUAUAUGUAUUAAAUCAACAACGGGAUUUCUUGACUGGGGAGACAUCCUUAGUAAACGUUGUUUUCAUUUACUAUGAUACUGAUGGUUUAAAUGAUAUAAACCAUUACAUAGGGCUACAUUUAGUGACACAGAUGGUAUGGGUGACAAACUCACAAUGGCAUGCUGACAUGACGGGGAAAAAGUUUAUACUGGACACAUUCCAUGGAGCUCUCAUUUUUUCCAACCACCACGAGGAAAUUUCUGGUUUUAAAAGCUUUCUCCAGAGAGUCAAGCCAUCUAGCUACUCUACAGACAUUUUCUUGCAGCAGCUUUGGUACUCCAGUUUCCACUGCUCAUUGUCUGAGUCUGACUGUGUAUUGGAGAACUGUGCUCCCAAUGCCUCCUUGGUUCAGUUGCCUGCAAAUCGUUUAGAGCCGGCCAUGAGUGAUGCGAGUUACAACAUAUACAAUGCUGUGUACGCUGUGGCCCAUGCCCUGCAUGAGAUGCUUCUUUGGCAAGUGGAGACGCAACCAGUGAGGAACAGGACAGGCGUGAUGACUUCUCCCUGGAAGCUGCAUACCUUUCUGAAGAACAUCCAGUUUUCCAAUCCUGCUGGAGAACACGUGGAUUUGGACCAAAAAAGAAAAUUGUUCACAAAUUUUGACAUUCUCAACUUUUGGAAUUUUCCAGAAGGCCUUAGGCUUAAGGUGAAAGUAGGAGAGUUUUCUCCUCAAGUUGCAAAUGGGCAACAGUUGUCUUUAUCUGAAAUGAUACAAUGGGGCACAGGAAUUACAGAGACUCCCCGUUCCAUGUGCACUGAGAGUUGUCCUCCUGGAUUCAGGAAGUCCCCUCAGGAGGGAAAACCUUCCUGCUGUUUUGAUUGCACCAUGUGUUCAGAGACUGAGAUCACCAAUGACACCGAUAUGGAUAAAUGUCUGAAAUGUGCAGACCAUCAGUAUGCCAACGAUGAGAGAAAUCACUGCGUGCAAAAAUCAGUGACUUUUCUGGCUUAUGAAGACCCCCUGGGAAAGGUUCUGGCUGGAUCAGCACUGAGCUUCACUGUUCUCACAGCUGCUGUUCUUGGGCUCUUUGUGAAGCACCGAGACACGCCCAUUGUCAAGGCCAACAACAGGACUCUCAGCUACACCCUGCUCAUUUCUAUCACUUUAUGUUUCCUCUGCUCCUUGCUCUUCAUUGGCCGUCCCAACAGAGCCACCUGCAUCCUGCAGCAGACCACAUUUGGAGUCGUGUUUACUGUGGCUGUUUCCACUGUCUUGGCCAAAACCAUUACUGUGGUGCUGGCCUUCAAGGUCACUGCUCCAGGAAGAAGAAUGAGACAGUUUCUGGUGUCAGGGGCACCAAACUAUGUCAUCCCCAUUUGUUGCAUAAUCCAACUCACUCUCUGUGGAGUCUGGAUGGGGACAAGUCCACCCUACAUUGACACAGAUGCACACUCCGAACAUGGUCACAUCAUCAUUGUGUGCAACAAGGGAUCCCUCACUGCCUUCUACUGUGUCCUGGGAUAUCUGGGCUCCUUGGCCUUGGUGAGCUUCACUGUGGCUUUCCUGGCCAGGAAUUUGCCUGACACAUUCAAUGAAGCCAAGUUCCUGACGUUCAGCAUGCUGGUGUUCUGCAGCGUGUGGGUCACCUUCCUGCCCGUGUACCACAGCACCAAGGGGAAGGUCAUGGUGUCCAUGGAGGUCUUCUCCAUCUUGGCCUCCAGUGCAGGGUUGCUGGCAUGCAUCUUUGCCCCUAAGUGCUAUAUUAUUUUGUUAAGACCAGCUAGGAAUCCUCUGCAUGGAUUCAGAGAUAAAACACAUUGUAGGAAAAGGAAACAUUAUUAA